AUGGCCAACCCACAGCGGGACGCACGGCCUCAGCACGCAGCGCAAAGAGCCUCCACAAAUCCCUUCCUCUCAAAUCCCUUCAUGUCUCCAUCAUCGUCCUCCCCCUCCCCUUCAGCCGCGUUCCGCACUCCGCCUCCCGCUUUCGCUUCUCCCACUUCUGCGUCCCCCGCAUUCACUUCCCCCGCAUUCGCUACCCUCACUUCCGCUCGCCCCGCAUACACUCCCCCUACGACCGCCGCUCCUCUGACAUCGCCAGGCGACCUCCCAGAUCCCAGCUACGUCACUCCGCAAGCCGCCAUCCGCGCAACAUUAAGAUUCGGCCCUCCGCUCCACUCGCUCGCCUCCACUCCAUCCCAGCCCAAAUCCAGCCCGCGAAACCCUAGCCAGGGUAGUAACAUUGGUCAGAAUGGUAACCCGAUUUGGUCGCAGCCGGCCGUUUUGCAACCUUCAGCAGCAGCGCAAUCAGCCACUCCUCCCGCCUUCGCAACACCUUCCGUCUCUCCCGCCGCUUGGUCCGCCGCCUCAUCCGCCGCCACUUCCGCAUCGCCGAACGUUCGGGCUUGGUACGGCUUUUCCCCUUCGCCCUCUCCUACAGUUGACCGGAGCAGCGCUAAGACUAACGCGCUCGUCUCAACAGCCGAUGCUGCUGCUAUGCCGGAUAAGGCUGCUGUGGUUUCGGCUCCUAGUAGCACCCGACAAGCCGAAGCUGAGGAACAGGCCCGGGAGAGGUUUGGUAAUGGAGCAAAGGGUAGUGGUCCAAUUAAGGGUAAGGUACAAAAAGGGACGAAAGCCGAGCCAGCGGAUCGGAUUUCUGGCUCGGCAGGGGUGAAUCCAAUGGCUGCAACAGAUUCGGGGCGGGCAGGUUCGGCAGCUGCUGCAGCUGGUUCGGGUGAAGUAGGUCUGCCAAGAGUCACAGGGGGUGCGGCUCUUCAGGAAGCGGAGAAGAUUCAAACGGACGGUUCAGAUCUCCAAGAUCAUAACAGGCUUCAGCAAAGUGUAUUGUCAGGAGGCUCAUUCCAGCCAUCCGAUCCGCAACCUGCGUGUGUGGCGCCACAGAGAGAGGGGAAUGACGGAUUGACACUUACGCCACACAGGCAGGUUCCCCCUUCCGCCUCUCCUGCCUCCGUCCCACUGCCCUCUCACGAGACAGGCUCCCCCUCCCCCGCCUCCCUCCCCUCCCCUUCCGCCACCCCGUCCGCCACCCCGUCCGCCACCCCUUCCGCCACCCCUUCCGCCACCCCUUCCGCCACUCCUUCUGCUACUCCUUCCGCUCCCCCUUCCGCUCCUCCUUCCGCGGGCCACUCACAUAACAGCCGUGUAAAGCGCAUCGCCAGUGACAACAACUGUCUCAGCCAGUCCACGCCCUCCUCUGCCAAUCCUGCCGUCCCGCCUCCCAGCCGAACCUCCUCCGCAGGCUCGGAGCUAGGCAAGGGCGCAGCAGCGGCAGCUGCAGCUGCUGUGGCGGAGUUUUCCGCGCGCAGGCAGCACGUGGGCGCGGAAUCUGCAGGGGCGGAGCGGGGAAAGGGGGGAAAGACGCCUAUAGGAGCAGCAGCAGGUGCAGCAGUGGUAUCAGGAGGAAGAGAGAGAAGGGAGGGUUCAAGCAGUGCUGCGGAUGUUAGCAGGGGCGGUAGCAAGGCGUCCGCCAGGGGCAGGGGGAAAGGGGGGGCAGUGGCGGGGGGGUUGUGGUGGGGGAGGGCGGUGGUGGGGGCGCUGCAGCAGCGGUCAGCGGGGGGGAUGAGGCGGCUGGCGCUGCUGAUUGCGCUCAACUCCGCGUAUUCCACUGCAGAGCUCAUUGUGGGGCUGCUCAUAGGGCGAAUAGAGCUCGUGUCCGACUCCUUCCACCUCUCCUUCGGCUGUUGCAUCCUGCUGCUCUCCCUCGCCGCCAUGCUCGUGGGGAAACGCCCUGCAGAUGCCACCUUCACCUACGGGUGCAUCCUGCUGCUCUCACCUGCCACCAUGCUCGUGGGGAAACGCCCUGCAGAUGCCACCUUGCACCUUUGCCCUGCACUGCAGAAACCUUCCCCAGGUGACACCUUCCCCAGCUAUGAGAGGCUGGAGGUCCUAGCAGCCUUCCCCUCCGGUCUGCAGCUCUCCCUGCAGUCCCUCUCCCCUCUCACAGCUCCCUCUGCGUCCUCCCUUCCUCGUCCCU